AUGUCAUCAACGGAUGAAACAAUUGAGAAAGAACAACCAAUAUCCAAUAACAAUGAAAAUACAAUUCAUCAAACAAUCGAUGUUGAUGAUUGGAACUAUCAACUCAUAGAAAGAAAACUAGAUAAAAUAAUUGAGGUGCUGUUUGAUGAGAAGAAAAUUUAUUUUAGAGAAAUAGAUGACAAGGAUCUCGUUAAAUUUCUCAACAACAAUGACAUUAAUGAUACACUUUCGGAUGACAUUUAUUGUUUGAAUGAAAUACCUAGUUUCAAUGAUUUGACUGGAGAGGAGAUUAAAUUAAGAGAACUGGAUGAAAUCCAUCCAAUAUUGACUUUUACCAGGUUGAUGGAUCUUGGCAAACACUUUAAUGUAAAGGGGGAAACUAAAUAUCAGAUUGGAUUAAAAAUUAAAAAAGUGGACAAACAUUUUGAAAAUUUGCUUCGCCUCUCAUUACCUGAAUCUGAACAGUUGCAAAAUGUAGAAUUACAACAAGGAUACGACAGCGAGGAAGAAAUGAUAAUAGAUGUCAAUAAGAGGCCUAAGAGCUUUCUAAUUAUUGGAGAUUCGUUCUCUGGAAAGGGUCAUAUUGGAAAACAAAUUUCAAAUCACUACAAUAGUGUAAGAUUGGACCUUGAGGAGAUGGCCAGAGAAGAAUUCAAAUCAAAGAGCUCAAUGGGAUUACAGAUUGAAAAGUAUCUCAAGGAGGAACGAGCCAUUCCAAACUCUUUACAAAUUGAAUUGUUUCAGAAAUGGAUUUCCUCUGACUAUAUUAUGGAUAGAGGCUAUAUUUUGGAGUGGGGCACUAUUGACUCUGAGAUUAGAAGCAGCAUUGUACAGGCUCUCCAAGACAACCCUGCUAAAUAUGUAGUUAGCCUUCAAAUGAAUCCUGAAGAAUCAAAGAAUAGAAAAUCGGAAAUUAUUUCAAAAAUUACAUCAAGAAUUAGUGAGAUAGAGUCACUUAUUGAUCAGGAGGAUAAUAAAGAAAGGCAAGAGCAAGAGGAGGAAAGAAGGAAACAAGAAUUAAGGGAGGAAAAGAAGAAAUUGAUGCAAACUCAAAAAUUGGAAAAGAAAAAAAAGGAACCAUCAGAAGAUGAUGAUGGAGAGAAUGCUGACGAGGAGGAAACAGAAGAAGAACCUGAGGAAGAACCUGAGGAAGACGAGGAGGAAGAAGAACCAGAAGAAGACGAAGACGAAGAAGUAAGAGAGGAGAAGGAGAAGCAAAAAGCACAAAUGAGAGAAAAUCAAUUUCUUGAAAGGUUAGAAUAUUUUUACUUGAAAAAGAAAGCUUACCAAGAACAAGCAGAUUUGGAACCACUUUCUAACACUAUCCAGAUAGCCAAAGAGCAUUGUAAAUUUUUAACAAUAGAUACCUCAUCUCAAAGUUUUAGAGAUGCCUUCUUAAUAGUUUUGCAGAAAAUUGGAAGAUCUACCCCUAAUAUUGUUGCAAUUAAUCCUGUCAUUAUUGAAACCCCAGAAGAGGAACCUGAUUAUGAAGGGAUAAUAACAGCUCAAAUUGAAAAAGGAUAUAAAUGGAGUCGAUGGAAGAAGUAUUGUCCUGUUAGAUUUCAUAUUGAUAGAGCGAUUGUGGAAGGAAAUAUUCCAGCAUUGUACAGAGGAAGACUGUAUUUACUCUCCACAAAAGAAUAUCAAAAUGAGUUUAUCAACAAUCCUAGAUAUUACCUAAAGAAGUUACCUGAGAAAAAGCAAAGAGUUUUAUUUGUUUGGAACGGUGAAAUUGGAGAAGAAAUAAUAAGAGAAGUGUCUAAGUUUUACAAAUCAGAAAUUGUUAGCCUAGAUCAAUAUGCAAAAUAUGCAGCCAGCCUCCCUCCUCCACCUAUAAAAGAAAAGAAACUCGCUAAAAAGGUUACUAUUGAGGGAGAUGAUGAAGAUGAAGCCCCUGAGGAAGAACCUGAGGAGCAAGAAAUUAUGGAAGAAAAUGUAUUACCAGAAACUUCAGAAGAUCUUCAAAUAUCCAUCUUUGUUAGUGGAGGUUCUUCAUCUUAUGAAAAUAGCUCAGUAAUGAAAUCUAUUCUAGAUUCUCCUGCCGAAUCUCCACUCACCUCUAUUGUCAUUCUCACAAAGGAAAAAUCCGAGCAAGAGGAAGGAGAAGAAGAACAUGCUACCGAGGAAAGUGCUGCAGUCGAUGAUGAAGAAGAUAACAAUGAAAAUGAGGAGCAGGGCGAAUCUGAUCCAAAAGCAAUAGAUCCACCAGUUGAAAAGAAGGAAGUGAUAGACUUUGUAAAGCUAGUCAAAGAAAAAGAGGAGUAUUUACAAGCCAAAAAAAUCAAAUUUAUAGAGGUUUCCUUUACUAACAUAUGGGAAGGUGUAUUAAGCGUGAGAAAACAAGUUGAUCCUUUUCUAGUUGAGGCUGCAGCAGCUUCUAUUGAACUACCAAAGGAAGACACAGAUCCUUUCGAAAGAGAACAUGUUCUAUUGGAACAAGAAGAGAAAACGGAAGAGCAAGAAGGAGGGGACGACCCACAAGAUGAUGAAGAGCCUUCAAAGAAGGAGAUUAGACAUGAAAUUCUUGGUUUAUCUGGAAUAUUUUGUCCAGUUACCCUUAAAAACAGACGGUUACUCGUAAAAGGUGAUAGUUCGUUGUGUGUUUCUUACAAAGGAAAACACUAUGUGUUUGACACACAGGAGGCUAUGGAUGAGUUCAUACUUAGACCACAUAUUUACACGUCUGAAAUUAGGAAUACAACAAGCAAUAUUUGGAUGAUUGGAGUGGAUGAACAAUCUUCAUACUCAACUAAAAUUAGUGAAACAUUCUCCCUUCCAAUUGUUAAACUUGAUUUAGAUUUUCUUGAAAAAAUUGGUAGUGAAAUAGACACUGUAAUCGAGUAUAUUAAAGAACUGGAAAAACCUAUUGAGCAUCCUAAAAAAGAAAAAUCUGAUGAUGAAGAGGAAGAAGAAGAGGAGGCUCCAGAAGAAGAAGACGACGAAACAGCUAAAGAAGAAAAAAGGUUAAGAAGGCUCUGUAAUAUCCUCAAGUUAGUUCUCAAAGAUCAAAAAUAUGUAAAUGGCUACAUUCUUACCUCGAUUCCAUUGGGAGAAGUCACAGAACCCAUACUAAACAUUUUGGAUGAACUAGAAGUUUUCCCAACCUUGUUAAUCAACUUUAAGGUAAACGAGGAACAGUACGUAAAGAAAAAUUUUGACAAGAAUUUCUCCCAAUACAAACAACACCUCCUACAAAAGAAAAUUGAUAAGAGAAAGAAAAAGGAGCAAGCAAAAAUAGAUGUCAGAUUGAAGAAGAAAAAAGAGGAUGAUGAUAAUGAAGAAACUCAACAAGAGGAAGAGGAAGAAGAACCAGUUAAAACUAAGGAUGAAAUAUUAGAAGAUGUACAAAAAUCAUACUCAGAUGCUUUUGAAAAGACAGAAGAAAUAUCUAACAGAUACCUAGGAAAACGAUUUGUUGUAAGAGAUUUUGAUUCAGCAAAACCAGAGAGAGUGGUAAUGAGACAAGUAUUAGAUUUCAUUUAUCUUAUGAAAGACAAAAAGCAAAUAUUUGAUUUUAUCACAACAUGUGACCACGAUACGGCCAUCAAACUAGUUUUCGAAGGUAGAAAAAAGCUAGGAUUUGGAUAUUUUGAUAAGGUAGACAAAUUGCAACAGACCUCACAAUACCCUAAAAUGGAAGGUAAUUUCUUAACAAUAUGCCAAGAUGAGGACCCAUUCCAAUACGUAGAACCACCAAAACAAGAGGAAGUUGCUCCUCAACAACCUGAAGAAAAGUCAAACAAUGAAGAAAACCAAGACGAGGAACAAACUGAUGAAGAAAAACAAGAUGAUGACGAACAGAAUGAAGAAGAAAAGAACGAAGAAGAGGGAGAUGAGCAAGAGGAAAAGGAUGGUGAUGAAGAGAAUGAAGAUGUUUCGGUAAAAAAGACUGUCAAGCCCCCAAAACCUGAAAUAAGCUUCCCAGUAGUUGUGAAUAAUCUUGUAUUUUUCUUCAAAACAGAAAAGAAUAGAGAAAUCUUCCUUAAAGAGAGAACUAGACUGAUAGAAACUGAAAUUGAUCAAAAAGAAUUCCGACCAAAAAUCUUACUGUAUGGAGGAGAUCCGGAAAAAAGAGAAAUACUUGCUAGAAAAGUUGCUGCUAAACUUGGUUGCACUUAUGUGAGUUGUCUUGAAAUAGUACAAACUUUCAUGAAGUAUCAGACAGCAAUAGGCAACCAAUUUAGAAGUGAAGAAAAUCCAUUCCCUGAAGGUGAUGAUCUUCUUUCCUAUUUGAAACGUAGACUCAACCACUUUGACUGUGUGGUAAAUGGUUUUAUUAUAGAUGGUAUUUUCCCAACCUAUGAAGAUAUUAAGGAGUUUGCCAAAAAAGGUGACAUUAUUGAUAAGGUUUUCUUUUUGGAUAACCGAGAUAGCACAACUGUAUCAAACGAUGAGAGACAAAUUGAAACAUUAUUCGAAAUGGAAAGACCUUUCACAACCAUAAGAUUGGGAAUACUUCCUGAUUGGAGCUUAGUCUCUAGCAUUGAAAGAGCUGUCACCAAUACUCUACACAGACAAUACAACUUUUUUGUCAACUCUUCCAAGAAGGAAAUACCUGCCCCAAUAUUUGAUAUUGGUAUGGAUUCUGAUUUUUUCAGUGACCACAUUUCAAGAUUUAAAACAUACUGUCCAGUCAAGUUUGUGGAUGAGGGAAUUCUUUUUGAUACCAUUACAGACAGAACCCACACGAACAGAUGUUUCUAUGAGGAUAAGAUUUAUUGUUUUAGUGAUUCAAAUGUCAUGCAGAUGUUUGUUUCAAACUAUCACAAAUACACAGACAAGAACAUCAAGUUCCCAGAAGAAUUACCACACGAGGUUAAUGAUAUGCACUUGAGACAUGUUUCUGAACUUCAAGAAGAGGAAUACGAUGAUAAGAUUGCAGGUCAAUAUGGUUAUUUGGGAUUCUGUCCAAUAUUAUUAUCCUUGGGAAUGGUUGUGUGGGGGAAAUCCAGAUUUUCUAUCAAAUAUAAGGGUAAACUCUAUAGGACGUACUCUAGUGAGGGACGAAUCAAGUUUAUGCAAAAACCAUGGGAGUUUGUUUCCUUACAACUUCCAACCAAGUUGCCAGUCAGACAAAGAGAUUGGCCAAAUCUAGGAGUAGUGGAAUACCUUGAAGAAAGUGUUGAAAAACUUGUUUCUUCUUCAGUUCUUGAAUUGGCCAAAGUAAGACCACUGUAUAAAGGGUUGACAGUUAAGGAAUCUGCAAUCAAACAUUUGGCCAUUCUGUUGAAAAAGAAUAACAAAAAAUUAGAGAGCAAAUAA